CGGCCGCCCUCCCGCCUUCAAUGUGACACCGGCGCCUCGGAGUGCGAGCCGCAGCCGCCGCCGCCGCCGCCGGGGAGGGGCCGAGCACCAUGUCGAAUCUGAGCAAAGGCACGGGCAGCCGGAAGGACACCAAGAUGCGGAUCCGGGCCUUUCCGAUGACCAUGGAUGAAAAAUAUGUAAACAGCAUUUGGGACCUUCUGAAAAAUGCAAUUCAAGAAAUCCAGCGUAAGAAUAACAGUGGUCUUAGUUUUGAGGAGCUCUAUAGAAAUGCAUAUACAAUGGUUUUGCAUAAACAUGGAGAAAAGCUCUACACUGGACUAAGAGAAGUUGUUACUGAACAUCUCAUAAAUAAGGUGCGAGAAGAUGUACUAAAUUCAUUGAAUAACAACUUUCUUCAAACACUAAAUCAAGCUUGGAAUGAUCAUCAAACAGCCAUGGUGAUGAUUAGAGACAUACUAAUGUAUAUGGACCGUGUAUAUGUACAACAGAAUAAUGUAGAAAAUGUCUACAAUUUGGGAUUAAUAAUUUUUCGAGAUCAAGUUGUACGGUAUGGGUGUAUUAGGGAUCAUCUUCGGCAAACUUUAUUGGAUAUGAUUGCCAGAGAGAGGAAAGGAGAAGUUGUAGACAGAGGAGCAAUAAGAAAUGCUUGCCAGAUGUUAAUGAUUUUAGGUCUUGAAGGAAGAUCAGUCUAUGAGGAAGAUUUUGAGGCUCCUUUUUUGGAAAUGUCUGCAGAAUUUUUUCAGAUGGAAAGCCAGAAAUUUUUAGCAGAAAACAGUGCUUCAGUAUAUAUAAAGAAAGUAGAAGCUAGGAUUAAUGAGGAAAUAGAGCGGGUGAUGCACUGUCUCGACAAAUCCACAGAAGAGCCUAUUGUGAAGGUGGUGGAGAGGGAACUCAUUUCCAAGCACAUGAAGACUAUUGUAGAAAUGGAAAAUUCUGGGCUAGUACAUAUGCUGAAAAAUGGGAAGACAGAAGACCUUGCUUGUAUGUACAAAUUAUUUAGUCGUGUGCCAAAUGGUUUGAAGACAAUGUGUGAAUGUAUGAGUUCUUAUUUGAGGGAACAAGGAAAAGCCCUUGUUUCUGAGGAAGGAGAAGGGAAGAAUCCUGUUGACUAUAUCCAGGGCUUAUUGGAUCUGAAGAGUAGGUUUGAUCGCUUCCUUCAAGAAUCCUUCAAUAAUGACCGACUCUUUAAACAGACUAUUGCUGGGGACUUUGAGUAUUUCUUAAACCUCAACUCCAGGUCUCCUGAAUACCUCUCAUUAUUUAUUGAUGAUAAGCUGAAAAAGGGAGUCAAAGGGCUAACAGAACAGGAAGUAGAAACGAUAUUGGAUAAGGCAAUGGUCCUUUUUAGGUUUAUGCAAGAAAAAGAUGUAUUUGAACGUUACUAUAAACAACAUCUGGCAAGAAGACUGCUCACAAAUAAAAGUGUUUCUGAUGACUCUGAAAAAAAUAUGAUUUCUAAAUUAAAGACUGAGUGUGGAUGUCAAUUCACAUCGAAACUGGAAGGAAUGUUUAGGGAUAUGAGCAUCUCAAACACAACUAUGGAUGAGUUCAGGCAACAUCUACAGGCAACGGGGGUAUCUUUAGGUGGAGUUGAUCUCACAGUCCGGGUUCUCACAACGGGAUAUUGGCCUACUCAGUCAGCCACACCAAAGUGCAACAUCCCACCUGCUCCAAGACAUGCUUUUGAGAUAUUUAGACGGUUCUAUUUAGCCAAACACAGUGGUCGGCAGCUCACACUCCAGCAUCACAUGGGUUCUGCAGAUCUCAAUGCCACCUUUUAUGGUCCAGUUAAAAAGGAAGAUGGAUCUGAGGUUGGUGUUGGCGGUGCACAAGUAACUGGUUCUAAUACACGGAAGCACAUACUGCAAGUCUCCACUUUCCAGAUGACCAUAUUAAUGCUUUUUAAUAAUAGAGAGAAAUACACAUUUGAGGAAAUUCAACAAGAGACUGAUAUCCCUGAAAGAGAACUUGUUAGAGCCCUCCAGUCCCUCGCCUGUGGUAAACCAACACAGCGGGUCCUCACAAAAGAACCCAAGUCCAAGGAGAUAGAAAGUGGCCACAUAUUUACAGUUAAUGAUCAAUUCACAUCCAAACUACACAGAGUCAAGAUUCAAACAGUUGCAGCCAAACAAGGUGAAUCUGACCCAGAAAGGAAAGAAACAAGACAGAAAGUAGAUGAUGACAGAAAACACGAGAUAGAAGCUGCUAUAGUGCGGAUAAUGAAGUCUAGGAAGAAGAUGCAGCACAAUGUUUUAGUAGCAGAGGUAACUCAGCAACUGAAGGCUCGAUUCUUACCAAGUCCAGUUGUUAUUAAGAAACGUAUUGAAGGACUUAUUGAGAGAGAAUAUUUGGCACGAACACCUGAGGAUCGCAAAGUAUACACAUACGUAGCAUAAAAUGCAUUCAGAAAUUUGAUUUAUUCUUGGACUGUACUCUUCGCAUGGACUGGGAAGUUCUUUUAAAUCCUACUAUUAAGACGACCAUCUCUUCUGUUAAAUUGCAGUACAUGUUAUAGACCACUCAGAUCAAGCCUCUACUCCCUCUGAGAGUUUUCAACAUCAGUUGAUUGAGCUUCAGGCUUUCCAACGUUAUCCCUGUAGAGAUCAUCUUUACAGUUCCUCGGGAAAAUGUGAAUGUGCCGCGUUUUGUUUUCAAUAUUGUAUGAAAACAGGAAAAAAAAUAAAACAAAUUUAGAAAACACAGCUCAUUAAAAUAAAAUUGUUGGAUUUCAUUUCCCCAGGUCUUCAGUGUUGCUGUAAGUGUGUUUCUGUAGUGUUGCUUACUACACUUUGCGCAUUGUGUAAGUUGGGGAGCAAGAAUGGCAAAAGAGACAGAAUUCCCAGUCCUCUUGCUCUGCUUGUGACGUUUCCUUAGCUGGUGUUGUUUACAGGUUUGCUAAGUAUACAGAGACCCAGACGUACAGUUGGCGCAUGCUCUACCCUACCACUUGCACUUACUGUCUCAGCCUUACGACCAAGGACCUUUGUUUGGACAUCAGUACAUACCCUGAGUUGUUUUUCUCUAUUGUAAUCUGAGGUUUUCCAAAUUAAGUUCUAAGAUGAUUAGGUUUUGCUCUGAGUUAUUUCUAGAGAAAGAAAAUAUUUUAGUAUGUAUAAAUUGUACAAUAAUUUUUUGCUGUUGUACUUACUGCUAAUAGUGGAUUGUAUAGGGUGGUGUUUUUAUUUCAUUUAUUGUAGACAAAAUAAAUGAAUUUAGUAUUCACAUACACACUAACUGAAGUAUGUCAGAGCACAAAGGUGGCAGCUGGUUAUAUUUAAUUCAGUUCCUUUGAAAAGCACAUCCAUUCUACCAUUUGUUUAUAAAUACAUCCCCCACCCCCCACACACAGUUUAAAUAUAUAUUUUGGUGAAGCUGUGGUACACCAUUAAUUGUUUCAAAAUGCAAUCUAAAGAUGCAAUAAAUAGAUUACCUUGAUAGUUUGAAGGAAUUCUUCAGUUCUUGCAGCUGUGUUUUGGAAAGUGUUAAGCAAUAUUUUUCAAACGUGGAUAUUUAGCUAUCCAUUGUCCUCUGAAGAGUCAUGUUCGUGUUUUCAAAGAUGUGCUUUGUGCUGGAGAUUCGUGUCCGUUACUCUGUGCUUCCAACUAUCACUGACGUUUUCUACCUGAUUGAUCUGCCAAGGAUUAUAGUUUGCUUUAACUUCAGAGUAUUUUUAUCUUCCAUUUUAUUUAAUUUUGUUCCUUUUUUUUCUUAAAAGAUAAUGUUUUAGAUAUGUAAUUGGGGAAAACCACUAGAUUUCUGUCAGAAAAAUGAAAUGUUACUGAGUUCAAGUAACCAACUCUCCAUUGAAUAUCAAUACUGUUGAUAUACUUAUUAGAAUGUAUGUCUCAGAAGAUGGUUUGUGUUAAAUUUAUGAAGUUACAAUAACUGAAUUCUAAUAUGGAUUAAAAGCUCCACAUAAAUAUUUUCCCCAUGCGUCUUGGAUUAUAAUUUUCCUUUUAGACUUGGUUUUGUUGCAUUUAAAUUUGCUCUUAUAUGCACUGAAUGGUUGAAGUCUUAUGAUCUUAAUCUCUACAUGUUUCCCACCUUUACAUGAGGCAGUGAAGGUGUGGCCAGUAUACACCUUGCUGUACUUGCACAGGUACAGUGGGACACUGAAGAAUUGCUUUCGGUGUAAUUGGAAUUUUUACUAAGGAGGCUGCUCUUAACAGUUUGGAAGUAAGGGCAGCUCAGCUGUACAGAUCAGGUUCGGUGUAUAUGUAGGGACAUAAAGGUUUGCUGCUUGUUCUGGUAGAUGCUUGCUUCUGGGUUAAAGUAGAUUUAUCGGUUGGGCAAUGCUGGCUCUGCUACCUUACAAAAUUCCUGUGAUGCAUUUGGUAUUUCUCAGCAGUAGGUCAUGGACAUUUUUAUCCUCUAAAUGUUUUAAAAGAAUGAUGUGAUGAGAUGUUUUUGUGACUUGAAU